AGAUCACAAGAAUCUGCGAGCUUCUAGGCGCGAGGUAGCUUUCCAAGUUAGCUCCAAAGCCUACCUCUUCUCUUUAGACUACAUGGCGCCACCUGCGGUGAGAUACAGAAUCCAGUCAUCAAUCGCUGAAGGGGGCGAGCGACGCUAUUCAAUAUUAUCAGUUGCUGAUGACGUCGCACACAAGAGGCACAGGAAGAAUCCAUUUGAUCAGAAGUACCUUUCGUUAGCCUUGGCACCAUUUGACAUUGUAAGACACAUGUGGACUUCGCAGCCUACACCGGCCACUACCCUGUUCAGUGCCGUAACUUUCAUACACAGGCAGAUAAGAAGGGUAAAUCAAGAGAUGUCGUCACGAAGGCUGACGUGGAGGAGGCGUCAACGAAUGUCCAUGUCCGAGCGGAGCUCAUUCGAACAAUGCGAGGUGUGCGAGAUUUCUAGACGCCGCUGUUUUAUGAAACAUUGUGGCAUUUUGCCGAGUAACGCGCUUAAAAUUAAACCAGAUGUAUUGUCGAAGAAGACCAAUGAGGCCGUUCGGGAGCUGAAGACCACAGCAAGGGAGCCGGAUGCCAAGCCUGCAAAAUCAGGUCACUAAGUUUUUGUAGUGUUUUGCAGGUCGUUUGAACUAAUACCGAACAACCCUCACUAAUUACAGCUCGUGUCAUCAACGGACAAGAGUCGUCAGGAUCAGACCUUGAACGGUACAAAAGAAUAUUCGGGAAGGGAGAAGCUCUUAGCGAAGAAGUUAAGAGCAGAGGAAGCGCAAGCAGAAGACAUAAAUUUGGCUGCGUCUCUGGCGUUUCGGAUGAGCGUCAGAAUAAGCAGAGCGUGCUUGACUUGAACUUGGAUAAUGCUGUGGCUAAUGCAGUAAGUUCGAUGCACCUUAGUUUGGACAUAAUCUACAGACGCAUGGCCCUUAUGAUUUAACACCCUGACAGAUGAGUAAAUUUUCUGGUAAGUCCUAUUCUCUCAAGCGUGAGGAGCUGUGUUUCAACCUUUCCUCUUCCACUUCUGGAAGUUUAGAAACCACAAUCUCAAGGUAAGCAGCUUCAUGCUGAGCGACUAUUGAGCGCUUCUACAUAUAGCACGGUGUAACCACUUCUUAUUUCCUUGUGAAGGGUGCUUGACUGGCAUGGACAGCCUGAUGGCGUCCCCGACAUCAGCAUUCCCGCAUAUUUUGACUUUAAACCGUUUAAGGAACUUGUUGUUCCCAUUGAAGAGGACCUCUUGGAUGACGGAGCUGGUGACAAGGAUGGGCCGGUUGAAGUUCUGUCACUUUUUGCUGACAGCACUGCAUCUGGCAUCCCCCUUCCAAACAUAGGGGCAGAUUGUGUAAGUUGGUUGCCCAUUGCCGUCGGAGAGUCUGUGGGUGCACAGUAUAUCCAUCGCUAUGGUACGUGGUGCAAAUCUGGAUUGACUAUGCUCUGGCUUCUGCAGUUGCACGGGGAAGCCUUGGACUGUGAUGCUCCAAAUGAAGAUAAUAUGGCUUUCGAUGACAUCAGUGACUUCGAUGACUUUGAGCUUGUCGACAAGCUCGUGGAGGAAUAUGCAGCCAAGAAGGCUGCUGAGGCAGUACAUAUUACCGGCUUGCGUGACGAGGUAGUACUUAGAGUUCUGGUAAAGUCUUGUGUCUUCUGGCUCGGUGUCCCUCAAAUUUUACUGAACUAAUGUCUCUCCACUUGACUGACAGGCCACACUCGUGAUGACCUCACAAUCGGUUCAUGUACAAGGUCAUGCUCAACAGAUGAGUGCUGGUCAUGCUCAACAGAUGGGUGCUGGUCAUGCUCAACAGAUGGGUGCUGGUCAUGCUCAACAGAUGGGUGCUGGUCAUGCUCAACAGAUGGGUGCUGGCCAUGCUCAACAGAUGGGUGCUGGUCAUGCACACCAGAUGGGUGCUGGUCAUGCUUAUCAUGUGAAUGCUGGUUAUGCACAUCAUGCGGGUGCUGCGGCAGACCCCUUAUUGCCUCAGGAGCAUCAGCAAGGGCCUGCACCUCCUGAACCGUACACAGAAUUAGCCACAGAAUCAGCAGAAGCAACCGAAGCUAAUCCAAGCAGUCACGGGGCAGCUCAAGCCUGCACUCCCUAUAAGCCGCAGUUUGGUAAAAGGAAAUCGAGGCUGGAGAAAGUUGUUCCAACUUCAACUGACCAACCAGAUGAUGAUCUUAUGGGAGCACCACCGAGCCAAUCAAAGAAACAGCCAGCACAAAUGGCUGUGGAUGAAAUUGACCCCGCAGAUGGAGUCAUACAAGCUGAGGAGACUUUGGCAGCUGACAAGGUAUGAUUUCUUUCAUGAGUGGAGCAAUUCAAAGUGUCCAUGCCCUUGACCUAUUUCAAGCAGGGUCCCAGUAUCCUACUCCUGGACCGGCUCGUGGUUUCGAGGUUUCGGGAGGCCGAUUCCAUCAGCUCCAUUCGACAAACCAGGCAAAUUCGUGAUGCAGAGAGGCUUCUUAUGCCACCAGUACAAUGCAAUUAUACACUUCCCUCAGAUCCAUGGGAGGAUACCGAUAUGGACCGAGACAUGUUCAGACUUUCAAUGUACAAGUCAAGGAUCGACAUUGUUUCGUACCGCGAGAAGCUUAUUAGUGACCCUUCCCUGGUUCCAAUAUAUCUCAUAUGCCACUCGUACCAUAUGAGGGUGACACUGUCUGGGUUCCACCAUCGGAGAUGGGGGGGAUUAAUGACUACAAUCAAGACCAUGACAACCCAUUGGAGUCUCCACCUGAGUUGCCAUCUGGUUCCCCCCUGGGUGAAGAGCACGACGACCAGGAUUUCUGGGAUUCGUGUGGAUGGGAGGAGCUGGAUCCAGUUUACGCUCCAAAUCAUGAUGCCCCAAACAUGUUGCAUCAGCCUCAACGACAAACGCCGGCGGUGGUUUAUUGCAAACCAAGUGCUGGCCCAUCUGCUGACAAUCCUCUUUGUAUUUCACCUCCAGGAGAUUCAAGGAUCCAGCAUGAGCAUAAGGGGAUGUCAUCUGCACCUGUUUCUGUAAGGAACAGUACCUACCCAGUGUCAUUCACUGUUCCAGUAACCGCUGACCAUGGACAACCAGAAGCACCAUAUCUACACGUCGAUGCAUGCUACACGGACCUCCAUUCAAUGGCUGUAGCUGAACAUGCCCCAAGUGCAGCAGGCCAGUGCAGCAACUUUCCCAAACCCAAGAGAGACGAUGCGGUGCCACUUGAUCUACGACCUGCAGAACCUUCUCCUCCACACCUGUCUGCUUCCACGACAUCAACAGGACCUCCUGAUCCGAGUUCACAGUGGCUUGGAUCACAAUCUAUGGCAAUGCAUCCUCAGUGCUCCAUGGAUUCGUCUCUUGCAGAGACACCCGCUUCUGGGCAGGGUAGAGGGAAGCGCCCCAGGCUCCAAGACUUGAUUGAGCAAGUGAUGACUCGAGAUGUGUAUCCGGAGCAUUUAUCUGAUCCAUCAAGCAUCUCUGCGCUUUCAGACAAGCUUAAGAAGGACAUUGCUGUGGCGGUCCAAUCUGGAGGAAGAGCUUUUGGAAGGGAUCAUGUGAUAGAGAUGCUUGGACAAACCGCUGCGAAGGGUAAAACUGAGGAGAAACGUUUUUUUACGGUACAAGUUCCCCUUCCUAACAGUGAUUUGUGCUGCAGGAACAAUGACAGCGCAGAGGUACCUUAUGGUGCUGCUGAACCUUGCACAUCACCACAACAUGUUGCCUCCAGAACGAAGGGUGAGCAUGAUUGAAGGUUUUGGGGCGAGAUGUCUGGCUUUGUGUGUUUCAGUUAGUGAAAUUCUUUUGGUUUGCAGGAGCUAGCAAUAAGCGAUACGGAAUUUGUUCUGCACUGCUCAUCUGGAGCGGGUCCUUCCUGUGUGGAAUUGAGAUUGUCAAACGAGUCUGGCGUGUUGAUGCCGGAAGCCAUCAGCAGCCGCUGAUGAUGUUGAAGCAUUGGUGUUUCUCUGCAAUGGUAGUCUCUCUCUGCAUCGGACGUCCUCUAACUCCAGUGCAAAAGCCCAAUUGUAUCAUCUAAAGCAUUGUCUUCGUCUUGCUGAGCGGAGGCAAUGUGCUUGCUUUGUUUCAACGUUUUUUUCCCCCCGUGUUCUUUUGACUUUGGUGGGUGGCAAGCAAUGAAGCAAAUUCCGUUCGAAGCAGACAAAGGGCAAGGAGCUACAGUAAAGAGCAGUUAGCUAGCCUUUCAAUUGUUUUGUUUAGGAAAAGUUUU